UUCCAGACUUGCAGCCGCGCCUGCGCCGUCUCUCUCGGCCUCACUCCCAUAAACCCCCAAAACCUCUCCCGGCGGCGCCCCCAGCCCGCCGCCCCCAAUGGCGGUGGAGAAAUCCGGCGGCGCUGCCGCCUCCUCCUCCUCCUCCACCGCCGCCAUGGACCGCUUCCAGAAGAUCGUCCUCAGCUGGGACUACCUCCGCCUCGUCGCCGAAUCCAAGGGAGGCAAGCAGGCGAAGGGGCUGCAGCGCGUGAAGGACACGUACAAGUCGGUGGCCGACUACCUCGGCGUCUUCGAGCCGCUGCUCUUCGAGGAGGUCAAGGCGCAGAUCGUCCGGGGGCGCAGCGACGAGGAGGAAGAAGAUGCUGGGCUCGACUGGCAGAGGGUGGCGGUGGGCUUGUGCGCGGAAUCCGAGGGGUUCCAUAAGUUCUCCAUGGCGGUGGAGAACGAUUUUCGGGAGAAUGUGGGGGAGAAUGACCUAGUGCUGCUCUCCAAGGAGAAAUUUGAGGAGGGAGUGACCCCUACUGCGUACGCCUUUGCACUGGUGGAACAGCGCGGUGGUAGUGCAACUAUUUCUCUUAGAGCUUUUCUGGCAGGCGAAAUUCAAAAUCUGAAUGUUUCCAAGCCUGUGAACGCUCCAAGGCUGCAGCGUUUUGCUUCCAUUUUGGCAGCUGAGAGCAGCACCCUGUGGAUAUUGAAGGUCUGCAGCUUGUCAACUAUAAUGCGGGAGUUCACAGCUAUGCAUUCUGUAGCUUCUCUUCCUUUUAAGGACUCGAUUCUUUCAGCUGCUGAGAAGCAUAAGGAUGGUGAUGAUCAAAGUCGUGCGUGGAAUGUCCCUCAGCCACUUAUGGAUCACCUCAAAGCAAAUCUUAAUGAUUCACAGCUAGAGGCAGUCAAUGCAGGUCUUUCGCGCAGAUCAUUUGUUCUUAUUCAGGGUCCUCCAGGAACUGGAAAGACUCAAACUAUCCUUGGACUCCUCAGUGCUGUUCUCCAUUCUGCUCCUGCAAGAAUGAAGACAAAAGGAGGAUUUGAUGUUCAAAGGCAUGGACCAGAGCUGGACAUUGAUGGCAAGUAUGCACACUGGGUAAAAGCAUCUCCUUGGUUACUUGGUGCAAACCCUAGAGAUUUGAUUAUGCCUGUCGAUGGUGAUGAUGGUUUUUACCCCACUGGAAAUGAACUGAAACCUGAAGUUGUAAGUUCCAGUCGCAAGUAUCGGGCCCAUGUGUUGGUCUGUGCUCCAUCCAACUCAGCACUCGAUGAGAUUGUGUUACGUGUUCUUAACACAGGAAUUCGAGAUGAAAAUAACAACACUUACAACCCUAAAAUUGUGCGCAUUGGAGUGAAGGCACAUCAUUCUGUUAAAGCAGUUUCUAUGGAUUACCUGAUACAACAAAAACUUUCUGGUGUAGAUCGCACAUUAGAUGGUGGGAGACGAGGGGCUGGCGAAUAUGAUCGGAUUAGAGCUUCAAUACUGGACGAAGCGGCCAUUGUAUUUUCUACUCUGAGUUUCAGUGGAUCAUCAAUUUUCAGCAGGAUGAGCCGUGCUUUUGAUGUUGUUAUAAUUGAUGAAGCUGCACAAGCAGUGGAACCUGCAACUCUUAUACCCUUGGUCCAUGGGUGCAGACAAAUUUUUCUUGUUGGUGACCCAGUUCAGCUGCCCGCAACAGUCAUUUCAUCAACUGCUCAGAAAUUGGGAUAUGGAACAAGCUUGUUCAAAAGAUUUCAAGGUGCUGGUUUUCCAGUGCAAAUGCUUAAAAUUCAGUAUCGCAUGCAUCCAGAGAUUAGUAUCUUCCCUUCAAAAGAAUUUUAUGAAGGGGUACUACAAGAUGGAGAGGGUCUCAGCAAGAAACGCCCAUGGCAUUCCUACACCUGCUUCGGACCAUUUUGUUUCUUUGAUGUUGAUGGUGUUGAAUCCCAGCCACCUGGAAGUGGUUCUUGGGUGAAUCAGGAUGAAGUGGAAUUUAUAACUCUCCUAUAUCAUCAACUGGCAAUGCGCUAUCCAGAACUCAAAUCUAGUUCUGAAGUGGCUGUGAUAUCACCGUACAGGCAGCAGAUGAAAUUAUUGAGGGACAAUUUUCGGUUGACCUUUGGGGAUCAAUCAAAGGAAGUGAUAGAUGUAAACACUGUUGAUGGAUUCCAGGGCCGUGAAAGAGAGGUAGUCAUUUUUACAUGCGUAAGGUGCAACAAGGAGCAAAAAAUUGGGUUUGUUUCUGAUUUUCGGCGAAUGAAUGUUGCCAUCACAAGAGCUAGGUCUGCUGUACUGGUUGUAGGUUCCGCUUCAACCCUGCAGAAAGAUGAGCACUGGAACAAUCUUGUCGAGAGUGCCAAAGAGCGAAACCGCUACUUCAAGGUUCCCAAGCCAUUCGGUGCAUUCUUUGCCGAGGAUAACCUGGAGACCAUGGCGGUGAAACCACAGAAGGAUCCUCGUCCUCCUGAGCAGAAUACUGAAGUGAUGGAAGGAAUGAAUGAAGCAGCGAUGGGGCGGGAGUUUGAUGCUGCCGACCAAGCAGAUGCAGGGGAUGACGACGAUGCUGAUAUGGAUGCUGAUGAUGGAGGUGGUGAUGACUGAUUGUAGGAUGCCAUAGCGGUGUGGCCUGGGAUAGAACAAUUGUGUUAGAGAACUGGUACAUAUAAAGGAUAUUAGGGUUUUCUUGGGUGGAUAUGGAUGUUGACGAGGCUUGAAAACAGAAAUUUGGAGCAGCUAUUCUUUUUGUCUUAAUCCAAUUUUGGGAGGAAGAGAUGUCCGGAUGCUUAAGUUACACUACGAACAUUACUCGUUUAUGAGACUGUAGAAGUGUCAGAUACAUCUUUCUUGC